AUGUUCAAAGUCCGGGAUGAUUUCGACAAGAUUCAGGCCUCCCGACCUGACUUCAAGCGCGAUGCGCCGGUCACUUUCUCCCAGCCCCCGAAUCCAAAUUGGAAACAAGGCGACGGUGCCAAUGAUGGUGGAGAGAGUCUGAAGAAGAAUCAUGUCGAAAUUGAUCCAUACGAAGAAGGACGACCGGUAUCAUCAAACUAUAAGCUUUUGAUCUCGGGAAUUGUCCCAAGACCCAUCGCGCUUAUCAGCACCAGAUCCAAAGACGGAAAGACAACGAACUUGGCGCCCUUCAGUUAUGCUCAGGUCAUCAAUCACGACCCUCCUCUUUUCACUGUGGGAUUCGUUGGCUCGCUUGAGAAGGCCAAGGACUCACUGAAGAAUAUGGUCGAGUCGGGUGAAUGUGUGAUCAAUAUCAUCUCUGAGCAUUUUGUCGAGGCGGCCAAUGCGACCGCUAUCAAUGCACCGUACGGAGUCUCCGAGUGGGAGAUUUCCGGGCUGCACCAAGCACCUUGCUCUGUCGUCCAAGCUGCCCGUGUCAAGGAGUCAAUGUUCUCAAUUGAAGGCAAGCUCGUCGAGACUAAGGAGUUUCAGAGCAGGACGACGGGUAAGACAACGGGCACUUUGGCGAUUAUUGAGGGUGUUCGUUUCUGGGUGAGGGAUGACGCUAUCAACGAGGACAAGAGCAUUGUCGACCUCAAGGUCCUGAAGCCCAUCAGUCGGCUCGGGGGUAUCUCGUAUGGGCGUACCACUGAUGCCAUCGAAAUUCCGAGACCAAACUUCUAG